AUGAAUGAUUUAGUAGAGAGAAUGGAGGAAGCGGUAAAGGAUGAGGGCGACUUGGAUAACUCAGAUAUAGAUAAUUCUACUGAUGAUCCCGCGAGUAAUUCUAACACCAAUUCCAUGGAGAGACAACAAAAUCUUACUGAACACCAACAACUACAAACUGAAAUCACUAAUUUAGAAAGUAAUCCUAAUAAAACUGCUGAACAGCAAGCGGAAUUAGAGGCCAAAAGAAAGAAAUUACAAAAGUUAGAAGAAUUAUUGAGAAAACAAAAUAACUCUACUGCUUCUAAUCCUGCUUGGAACAUUAGCGGCAGCAAUCCCAGUACAACUAUAGUUUACUCUACUAUUGCUACUAGUGAUUCAACCUCUUCUCCUAGUUCUAGUCCUCCUCCUCAUGCGUUCAAUAUUGAAGUAAUUGCUAUCUCAUUGGGUGCUUUAGGAGCUUCUUCUGCAGGAGGAGUAACUUGUAAAAAUGAAGAAGAGACACCAGAAGUAGUUCACAUUUCUGGUAAAGAAAGAAUGGGUAAAACUAGUGGUUUUCAUGCACCAGAAUUAACAAAAAAACAUAUUGAGAUAGCGGUCAAUGCUAAAUACGGCAAAGGUGAAUACGAGUUGUUGGGAAACAACUGUGAACAUUUUGCUACUAUGUGCGUUUAUGGUUUAGGAAUGUCUCGGCAAGCUAGGAGUACAACAACUGAUGCCGACUAUCUAUUGCAGGCAAUACAGGAAAAUAACCAACUGUUUAAAGAAAUGGAAGAUGAUUUGAUAGAAAAAGGGGUAUUAGAAGCGAAUAAUUAUUCAGAAGUUCAAGCAGAAUCAUCAGGAAGUAAUAGUAAUCGGAAAAAUGUUCAAUCAGAGGAGGAAAUUAAUGACAAUAAUCAACAAGAACAGUAUAUAGGUCAAAUUGAAACUCAAAAAUAA